GCAGCAGGGGCAGGGCUUUGGCCGCCUCGCGCCAGCUAGGCGUCUGCGCCACGGACGCCUCCGGUUCCGCUCGGUUGACUGGUUCGCUUUCGGCUCGGCUGGGUUCGGCUUGUCCUGCUUCUGUUCGGCUCGGCUCUGUCCGGCUCCCUUCGGUUCUGUCCGCCUGGCCAUCGCUUCCCUCCGCGGACCAGAGGUGGCAGCGGGACCCCGGGACCCCUUCGCGUCCCCGUGGGUCCAGAGCUGGUGCUGUUUUUCUGUCAGUGCAGUGAUGGCAGGCAGCUCGUGACGAAUCUCCCGGUUCCGGUGCUGAUUCCCAGCCGGUCCUCGGCAUAUGGGAAGCAUCCACUCAGGUGCUGAGGUCUGCCUUCGUCUGACGUGAAUCAGGGUUUGUAGGCCUCCUUUCACGUCCCCAGUUCACAAAACACGAUCAGCACCUGCCCUUCAUUCUACUUUUCAAAUUACUUCCCAAAGGACUAGAUGACACGUUGUGGUGUUUUGAGGUGCCAUUCUUCUGCCUCCCCCUCAGUACUGAUAUUCCUGGCGUGAGUCACCACAGGCAGUUUUGGAAGACACUCUUUUUAGAAGAUUUGUUUACUAGUUGGGCAUAGUGGCUUGGGGACGCUGAUGGAGGAGGACCACACGUUCGAGGCCAGCCUUUACGAAUCCUUUGCUCUGCGGGGGACGUGUGUGUUGUCUGCGGUCGCUGGUAACUGCUGCAGGUGACGUGCAUCGGUGGAUCUGGUCAGAACAAGGUUGAGGAGCCCGCACCUCCGGCCCCAGGCCGCUGGGUUCCUUGUGUGUCUUUAGGAAGCGUGGCCUCAUGCCUGGAUGAAUGAGGAGUCGGGACGAAGGGAAGAAAAGAGGAGCAGAACCUUGAAAGCAACCGAGUUUUCGUGAUACUGUUUACCUUUUAAGAAGGGAGGAGGAUGAUCCCGUCCCUGCCCACCCUGACUGUCCUCAUCCCGCUGGUGUCCCUGGCAGGCCUGUUCUACUCCGCCUCUGUGGAGGAAGGCUUCCCCCAGGACUGCACCAGCGCCAGCAGCCUGUGUUUCUACAGCCUGCUCUUGCCAGUCACCGUGCCCGUCUACGUGUUCUUCCACCUUUGGACCUGGAUGGGGCUGAAGCUCUUCAGACAUAAUUAGCGCAGCCCCGCCCCCCUCGCUAGGGAAUCUGCGCUGGAGAUUCUUGGUACUUGGGCUCUGCCCUCGAGGUUUGUAGAUUCUGACGUCAGUGCUGUAGCCGAAUAACACUUUCAAUAAAAUGUCUUGAGGGAGAGGAGA